AUGGCUGCGAAAACUGCAUUUGUUGAAAGUUUCCUGAGUUGCCACGUGUGUUCAGAGACUUUCAGAGGUCCUGUGUCUCUGAGCUGCAACCACAGCUUCUGUUCAAGCUGUCUGAAACAAUCCUGGGAACAAACUGGAAACAAAAACUGUCCCAUUUGUAAGAGAAAAUCCUCAAAAGAUUUCCUGUUUGUGAAUUUUCCACUGAAGGAACUCGCUGACUUCUUUGCUGGGAGACAGAAAUCUGGAUCAUCUGAGACCAAACAAGCAGAGAAGAAGGUGGAGGUGGUGUGUAGUAAACAUCAGGAAGAGUCUAAAUUAUUCUGUGAGGACGAGCAGAGAGCUGUGUGUCCUGUCUGUGAGUCUUGUCUCCAUCAGAGUCACAGGGUGGUUCCUAUAGAACAAGCAGUCAGUGACCUGAAGGAGCAGCUGAAAUAUGACUUAGAGUCUCUGCAGGACAAGAGGGACAAAUACAAACAAGUGGAGGAGACAUACAAUGAAGUGAUUCAACACUCCAAGAAGCAGCUGCUGUCCACAGAGAAGCAGAUCAGAGCAGAGUUCAACAAGCUCCACCAGUUCCUGAAGGAGGAAGAGGAGUCCAGACUGGCAGCUCUUAGGGAGGAAGAGGAGCAGAAGGGGAAGACUAUCAGCAGAGAGAUGAAGAUGAUUCAGGAGCAGAUCUCCUCUCUGUCAGACAGCAUCUCUGCUGUUGAAGAAGACCUGCAGAAACACAACAUGACGUUCCUCAGCAGUUAUAAAGCCACUCAGUCCAGAGCCAGAGUCCAGUGCUCCCUGUCAGAUCCACAGCUGGUCUCAGGAGCGCUCAUAGAUGUGGCCAAACACCUGGGCAACCUGUCCUUCAGAGUCUGGGACAAGAUGGACAAGGUCCACUUCAGUCCUGUCAUUCUGGACCCAAACACUGCAAGCCGCUGGCUCCAUCUGUCUGAUGAUCUGACCAGUGUGAGACAUGGAGGCACAAGCCAGCAGCUUCCUGACAACCCAGAGAGAUUCACUAAGUAUACAAAUGUUCUGGGCUCUGAGGGCUUCAGCUCAGGGAAACACAGCUGGGAGGUGGAGAUGGGAGAUCAUCCUGUCUGGGCUGUAGGUUUGGCCAAAGAAUCAGCUGAGAGGAAGAGGGAGCUAUAUGCUUUACCAAAAUAUGGAGUCUGGUGUUUAACACAUCGCAUUAGAGAACACACGGAGAAGACGAGUCUCCAGAGGAUCAGAGUCCAGCUGGACUAUGACAGGGGGGAGGUGUCCUUCUAUGACCCUGAAGACAUGACUCACAUCUACACUUACAAAGACACUUUGACUGAGAAACUCUUCCCAUAUUUCUUUGUUGGAAAGGCUGGUGAUGCUAAAACCGCUGAUAUCAAAAUCUGUCCCACUGAUUUCUCUGAUUUCUGAUUUUUCUCUGUUCAGGGAUGUAAUUUAAUUGUUCCAGCUUUUACCAUCAGCAGUUUUGACUCAUGACUGUUUGAGGUUCGUUAGACUCUAAAGUCAUUAUCACACUUUACAGUCAAACCAUCAGUCUGGGCCUGUUUGUCUU